AAGGUUUAGGUUCAAACAUUUUAUUUCAGAUUUAAGACUGAUAGGAGCUUGGCUUCACCUGGGGAAAAAAAUUUAAGUAGACAAGAUGCCAUAUGUAUGUUUGGUUUGUGGCAACGAGACAGUAAAACUGCUUUAUCACUAUGGAUCUGAUGGAAAUAUCUGCAAUUCAUGCAGAAUAUUUUUCAGGAGGUCUGUCAGCCAAAAUCUGAAGAGAAUCUGCAAAACUGAAUUGUUCAAUUGCCCGAUUGCAACGAAUGCCAGAGUUGGUUGCAAGUUGUGUCGGUUCAAUAAAUGUAUCCAGGUUGGAAUGAAACCAGAGCAAGUAGACAAGACCAAGAAAGCAAUCAUUGCUUAUUUUGCUGAGGAAGAAAAGAAUUCAGGAAAAAAUGAAGCAUUGACAUCACCAACAGAUAGUCCUUUUGUUAACAUAGAAGAGGAAAAAGUUAUUGAUGUGGAUUUUAUGAUAGACAAUCAAGUUAUUACCCAGCCUUUAUUUGUUGAUCCAAAAAGAAACCAAUCAGCUAUUGUCGAAGGGGGAGGGUUGUUGAUCAAGAAUCCCAAGCUGUUCCACAUGUCCAUAAAUAACCAACUUAACCCUGAAGAUGUUCAGAUCUUUAGUGGUGUUGUAACUAGCUGGAGAAAGCUUCUGCUUAAAAUCUAUGAGGAUGGAAUGUCAUAUAACUUUGUCCAGCAAGAAAUGGAUAAGAUUCAUGAUCAAACCUUAGAUGUUCAAUCACUGACCUAUGAUCCGGCUUUAGAUUGUACAUUGGUUGAUUUAGCUGUUGACAAUAUUUUAAGUGCUGUGGUAAAAGACAUUUUUGACCUUGAUCCCUCUGUACAGACAAACUUCAAAACUUUGUACCAAUGCUAUUAUAUAUUCUAUUCAUCAGCUAAAGAAGGAACUACAAUGCGGCAAUCUUUAGCAACUUUUGGAUUCAAUGUUGAAUCCUAUCCGUUCAGUGCAAUAAUGCCGGUUCACAUCCAUGACAUGAAAAUUGUUGAUUUCAUGAAAAGUGACAUGUUUAAGUCCCCAUGGGCUGAAAGUCUUGAAGUGGAAGAAUUCUUUGUAAAGACCUGCCAAACACUGAAAACCUUUUUGGCCGAUCCUGUGAUCAAUCUUUUAUACCAAAAUCUGGUAUUCUUCAACUCCAUUGUUGAAUGUGAGAACUUCCUAAAUUUUCUUCCAGGAAAGCUGAAGAUGAUCUUGUACAAAGAAAUGUUGAAGAAGAGCCAAGACUCCAAUCUUGCCAAUCAUAGAUUCACCCAGCUAAUCUCAACAAUAAAUGAUGUAGAGGAGUGUGCAAGAAUUUUAGAGAGAGCUUCCUUGAUCAAAGAAACCCAUAUUGAUCUACAGGACAUUGAUGUUUCACCUUUGGAGUAAUUAAAGACAAAGUUGAACCACAUAGACAUAAUUCAACCACUUUUCAUCCUCUUUAAACAGCACACCAAAACUUUUUAAUUUAGCGCAACAGUUAGGGCUGGGCACCUUCCGACUUUUUUUAAAUCGUUCUAUUCCGUUCUAGAACGAGAACCUUCAGCUAGAUUGUUCUGUUCUUAUUUGUUGUUUUUCCAAUUGUUCCAUCCACGUUCUGUUCCAUUCCGUUCUUGGUGUUCUUAAUAAAAACAGUCCAUCCCUUUCCGUUCUGAUCUUUGUGUUUUUAGUUGAGAACUGUUACAUCCUCAUUUUGUUCCCUUCUUUGCUGAGAACGGUUCCAUCCGCGUUCUGUUCCUUAUACUCAAAUAUUUAUCAUAAGAAAAAUUUUCUUCCUUUCACACUGUUUUUAGGACAAAAACACUUGAGGGUAAGAAAAUACAGGGGAUACAAGGGGGCUAGGGGCCUAGGUGCACCCCUGGUGAGGGCGGGAGGGCUCAUUUAAUAUUACAUCUGAAGAUUUGUUGAAAAAAACCUUGGAUUCUUGAUUUUAGAGGCAGUAUUUUAAAGCUUUUCAUUAUCUUUUUUAAAGAUCAUUUUGUAAAUUUUUUUUCUUCAUUUCUUCAAAGUUCGCGAACCUACAAAGCAGUUAAAAAAUAUUGAAUCAAUUGAAAGGUUUAAAGCAGGGAACAGGAAUAUAGGGAAAGGAAA